AUGCUUUACAUCCGGCAACUUGAACAAAUUAAACAUGAAUUGGAGUAUAUAAAUAGCAGCACCACUCUUCCCUUCAUCUUCCAAGAUCGAACAAUGGCGAGAUUUGUAUUACUUUGCUUCUUUCUCCUUUGCCUUGUCGGAUCUAUUCACUGUGAUGACUCAGGUUUUGAUUUCAAGGAGUCACUCGACUCCCUGGGAUCACCGUUGUUAGACAGUUUUGCAUUUGAUACGUCUACCGGGUUACCUCCAUAUAUGGGUCCUCAAGUUGGGCUAAAAGAACAGAAUAAGAUUACAACUUUGCCUGGACAGCCGGAUGGAAUAAACUUUGAUCAAUAUUCGGGAUAUGUUACGAUAGAGGCUGAUGCAGAACGUGCAUUGUUUUACUAUUUUGUUGAGUCUCCUCAAAACUCUUCUACUAAGCCACUUGUGCUGUGGCUAAAUGGAGCGCCCGGCUGUUCUGCAUUUGGACUUGGAGCAUUGAUGGAGGUCGGGCCAUUUAGAGUUGGCAAAGAUGGCAAAACUCUGUAUCAAAAUGAAUAUGCAUGGACUGAUGGUGAGCUCUUCGAGUUUCCUAUAAAUCUUAUUAUGAGUACUUCAAACUUCAAACUAUUCAAUAUGCUAACUAAUAUAAUGAAUUUAAUAUUUGAACUUCUCUUAGUUGCCAAUGUCAUCUUCCUUGAAACUCCUGCUGGUGCUGGAUUUUCGUACUCAAAUAGAACAACAAAUUACAAGCUGAGUGGAGACAACGUUAUUGUGCGGGAUUCAUAUACCUUCUUAGUUAAUUGGUUCGAAAGAUUUUCCGAAUACAAGACUAGAGACUUCUUUAUCGUAACAGAGGGCUAUGCAGGCCAUUACGCACCCAAGCUUGCUCAGCUAAUACUUGAUAACAACAAGCAUACAAGUCAAGCCACAAUCAAUUUGAGAGGGAUUGUUGUAAGUUUCCAUACAUACAUGUAA